CAACCUCAACAUUAAUCUUCAUCCUCAAUUGUGUACAGAGUUUAAUAUUUAAUAUUCAGCGUCGUUUCCAACGUCUCAUGUAUUUGUGCACAGCCGGAAGGGCUACUGCCUGACAGACCAACUUCAGGGAAUAAAAUACGUGACAACCACUUCUGUUGACAGCUAACGUUAGCUAAGCUAGCUUGAUGCUAGCUAGUGUUGCGACCAGAUCGCGUCUCACUGAAUCCUUCACCGCCUCUCAUGGUGUCACGUCUGCUCUCCGUCCUUCACUCCUGCAGUGUCGACUGUCGACGUGAGACAUGCAGGACAGAUAUAGUGAGAUCGGCUUCGUCCAGCAAAUACUCGGGUUGAAUUUAGUGCCGAGAAAAAACGGCACACACCGAGGCAACGACACCUCGCUCAGCGACUUCUCAGAGAUGUGGUAUGGGGUGUUCCUGUGGGCAGCGGUCUCCUCUCUGGUCUUCCACCUGCCUGCAGCUCUGCUGUCCCUCGCCACACUACGACAGCACAAGAUGGCCCGUUUCAUGCCCAUCGCCAUCCUCCUCAUGGGCAUCGUCGGGCCAGUAUGCGGAGGAGUCCUCACCAGUGCAGCCAUAGCCGGUGUGUACAAGGCAGCAGGGAAGAGGAUGAUCUCUCUGGAGGCGCUUGUUUUUGGUGUGGGACAGUCCUUCUGUGUCCUCAUCAUCUCCUUCCUCAGGGUACUCGCCACCCUCUAGCAGUGCUGAGGCCUGCCUGGCUGGCUGGACCUGACACCAGUCGUACCUUCUCUCGACGGGACCUGAGUUUAACACUCGACCCUGGCAAAUCCCAGGACACAUGGAGACCAAUCUGGCCCGAGACAUGAUCUCACUACCUGCUGAUGGACCAGGACCAGAAUAAUUUUAAUCAGCUGUUUUGAGAAAGAGCAGAGCAGUGCAAACUGAAGGUGAACUAUGCAGCGCUACACCUUCUGACUUGCUGCUGAGCCUUCUGUAUGAGGUCCACCAUAGGACAGCAUAAUGUUGCAUUCACAUCAUAUGGCAACCACACACUACAGAACAGUUUCUUUUAUUUUUUUUAAACUGAACACUAACCUUGAGCGUUCACAUUGCCAGUACUCCUUUCAGGGUUUGGCAGUGCAUUCCUUAUUUAUUCCAAAGUCAAGAGAAGCCCUUACAGUAAACAAACCUGAUGAAAUAGUGAUUCCUGUAUGAUGUGAAGGCAGCAGGAUGCUCCUCUGUUGGCAGGAGUUACAGGUUAGCAGCAGGAUGGAGUUCUCCCUCUGACACUAACUUCUCUCAGGAGCUGUGUGUGUAUGUGUGUUUGAGUCUGUUUGACUGUCAGAGAGACAGCAGCAGGUGGGCUGACAGGAAGAUGAUGGUAAUAUGCAAGAUUCUGGCUUUUUUUCCUUGAGGCCUUAAUUUCUAUUUUCUAACUUCCAAAGUGGUGUUUAUCUUCAGGGCUGUCUUUCUUUAACACUCUGUCUCUUGCUGCUCCUUUUGCUCUUCCGUUCUUUAUUUUUUUUGUCGAAAUGAAUUCAAGUCGGACUGCCUGUGUGUUAUUAUUAAUUUCCAAAUUAGCUACACCUACAACAUCUUCCCUUCUAACUUACUGUCUUCAGUGUUUGUAUUUAGUUUAGUCCUGGUCAAAGCCCUGCAAACACAGCAUAGAGAAUGUCCUCACAGUCUCUCUGCUCAUCCUCUGGGUUCGUUUGCUGAGAGUGAAUGCAGCAGAUCUUUGAACACAGGGAACGAAGACGGUCCGAUUACUAAACAAACCCCCCCAAAAACUGAGAGGAGCUUUUCAUCUUUUCUUUUCACUCUUUGAAUGAUCUUUUACAGGUGUGUGUCUUUUUGUGACAGUGAACUGAUUUGUAUAUAUAUUCUAAAUUGUGUCCAGGUCUUUGUAGCUUUCAAUCUUUAUGACCAAAUAUGAGAAGCUGUUGUUUUUUCUGCACUAAAUGUGCAUCAGCUGGUUCAAUAGAAGUGUGCUCCCUUGUAGUUUUUAUGAGCUCAUCAAAUUCCCACAGCCUUCAGUGACUGCUUUGACUUGUUUUUGAAUUGGUAUUGUAUAUGUAUCUCCAACAUGCAUAUACAGACAAAAUGUACAUGUUAUCCUUUGAAUAAGCUCACAGGUGAUGCUGUUUCUGUAUUAGCAUCUGCUUAGUAAUGACUUCAAGCUAGCUGUUGACAGCAGAAAUGUACGUGUUGGUCAGACUGGAGUCACUUCUCUUUGAUUUUACAUUGGUUUUCACUUGAUAUUUAAUUUUUUUGUGUCUGUGUCUUUAAGAGAAGCUGCUUCUGUCAACAAUGGAAUGAGUCAUUUCCAAAAACAUCUUUUGCUUCCAUUCAUUUCCAUCAAAUUCUCCUGCUGGGGGGCCCCUGACCCCAAACCACCCCCAGGUUCCACAAGUUAUAGUUUGGUCUCCAUACAAAUAUGAAAUUAGGAAUUGCACACACAGUGAACCUGGAGCCUUUAGGGGCCCGGGGCAGUCGCCAUCUUCGCCCAGUCAAUAAUGGAACAGAGACGAGUCACAUGGCGAAAAUCCAGGAAGAUUGUGUUGAGUGUUGUCAGAACCAAACUUUUUUAAAAAAAAAAAAUGUGGUGCAGAUUGUUUUGCACAUGAAAUUCCAAUUAGAAAUGUUGUUUUCCCGUAUGUCUGCUCAUGUGGCAAUCAUCCUCUCCUCUUAACAGAGCUCAAACAUGACGCAGCCACACCGACUGCUCUGAAAUCUCAACAUCCUGAACUGCAGCUGUAUUUGCAUAUUUUCCUCAUAAUUCCCUCAAAGAAUUUCUUUAACCCUCUCAAACCAAAGAUGGCUUGAAUUCUACAUAUGCACCCUGUACGUCACUGGCUACACUUCAGUCUUCUCUCCAUCUGUUAGUUACAUAAGCGGUGCCUCAUUGGCUCUGUUGCCAGUGCAUGUGAACAAGCAGCAAAACAAAUUAAAGCUAGAAUGUAAUUUUGGCUACACAAAAAUGGUAAAAAUCAGGAGAGGCUAAUAUCAGCAGAUUAUAAAUGACAAGACUACAGAAGUUCAGCAGCCAUGGGACAGGAGUGACAUGAAGACUUUGCUUUUGUUUUCUUGGAAACAUAUUUAAUCGUGGGUCAUCAGCUUUUGGAGCCAUAAAAUGAGAAAAAUUCCUGCCACACAAACACCAUUAACUGCUUAAAAAGUUUAGAUUUUCGUCAAAAAUGUUGUUGAUUUUAUAUUCAGCUGUGAACAGCUCUCUGUACAUACAGUCUGUUGGGGAUGUGCAUGUCAUUUGAGGAGAGAGAAGUGAAAGUACACACUGGAAAAUCAAAGCACUUCAUUGAAAUGUCUGGCUGAUGCAGAAACUAAUGAGCCUUGUGUGAAAUGAAGUCUCGUCAACCCCUGGGCCUUGCUUUUACGCUGUACAUUUUGAAGAAUGUUUAUUUUUUUAUGGUUGUGUAAUUUAGCUGCUUGAGUGUGUGUGUGUGUGUGUGUGUUCUGGUUCUGUUACAGCAGCAGAUAUCGCAGGGUUGACACUAAAACCUUCACAUUGAUCAUUUUAGUCUGGAUAUUUUCUUCAACUGGUACUUAUCACCAAUAGUAACAUACUCAAUUUUUAAUCUGUCCUCCUUGAAACCAAUUGUUAUCCUCAUCAGUUAUCUAACAUGCUGAUUUGACUGAGCUAACUAGCACUUUCAGGACUGGGGACACUCAUUAAACCAAGUGUAUUUCCCAAGAAUUCAUACUCUUUCAGAAAAGCAAAAGGUCAGAGGUCAGACUGCAUGUGUGUAUGUAAACUGUGGGAGGUGGUAAAUGCACAAAGAUACACACUGGACUGUUCAGCGUUAUCCUUUACAUUCGACUUCCAGAUGAGGUGAAAGUACAUGUGCAAAUGUUCUUGGAGCUGCUUAAAGUAGGAGAUACACCAAAAUGUUAAGUCAGAGCACUAAAAGAAGGUGUAUAAAAGGCCCAUUUCCUCCAGGAAAAGAAAAAAAAAGUUAUUAAUAAAAUUACUCAUAAGUCAAAAUCAUGAGACACAAUGCCAAGAUUUAAAUUAUUAGUUCAAAAAUUUCACUCAUUUUUACUUCAGUCAUAAUUUUAAUUUACCAUUAGUAAUUUAUUUUUGUCAUUUUUUUCCUGGCAGAAAUCAGCUUCCAUACAGUCAGUUGUCCAAUACAAUGACUUUGCUUUGAAAAGAGACAACUUAACAUCCAUAAACCCCCUGCCUGUUGAGAUAUUCUUACAAAUAUUUAACAGAGAAAACAUGGUUUAUCUGGAAGGACCAUACUAUAAUAAGUUUACAGGCAAAGCUGAUAAAAUACAGACAGAAUAAAAUGACAAAUGUAAAGGUGAUGCUGGAGUUUCUGCUGUAAUGGAACCAUUUAUUACCAUGUGGUAUUGGCCACAUUCCUGACUGGUUUUGUUCCAUUUUUACCAGAUUCAAAAGGUUUUAAAGGUUGAUUUUACUAUAGUAAAUUAAGUGCCAAUGGUUGAUAUUUUCAUGAAAUAAAAUUGUUUCAACUAUA